AUGAACGAACGCACUCCGAAAAUCGUUCUCAUAAGCGCCACUCACGACGUGAACCUCCUGACCGAAUACUUUUCUCAAUCAACAAGUGAUGGACUCACGCAGCCAUGCCCGUCUGUCAACGUACAAGAUCGAUUAUUUCAGGUCCGUGAGUUUUUCCUCGAGGAUAUCAUGAAGGAAAUGAGCGGUCGUCUUUUGGAUAUCAUAACGACUCAGAAGGGCCUGUCAUCACGUUUCCGAGAAGCCAAGCAUAUCUCUAAGCACAUAAUCGAGGACGCUGACCGAUUGAAGAGCACCCAUUCAAUGGUUCCUAUACAGUCCAGUGGCAUUAUGGCCAAAAUUCGCCACCAAACAACCAUCGAAACCACCCCCACGCUACUUGCGGCAGCAAGUAUCACACAUGUUUUAAAAACAACAACGCAAGAUGCAAUCUUGGUCUUUCUUCCCGGACUUCGCGCGAUCACGGAAGUUGCUGUGAUGCUGAGAUUUUAUAGUCGGCGUUUGACUCUACCCAAAUGUGACGUACACGCCCUUCCCCAGUUGCCAAAAGAGCCUAUGAAUAGUGUACCUCUACCCGCACAACCUGGCAGGCGAAAGGUUAUUCUUGCGACCAAGAUUGCAGAGACUUCUAUCGACAUACCGGACAUUGCAUAUGUGAUUGAUUCUGGUUUAGAUGAAGUAAGCGACUAUAAUCAGUUUACUGGGGCGGCAGAUUUGCGAAUCUCUUGGGUUAGUAAAGCAGAUUCAAGACAGCGUGCUGGCAGAGCAGCGCGUGUCUCUGACGGAAGAUACUACGCGCUAUUUUCUAAAUCGCACUGGAAUAGUUUACGCGAACGUGAAAUACCCCCGAUCCAGCGUCAGGACUUACAACAAACAUGUCUGAAUGUCAAAAAUCUUUUCCCCCGGGAGAAGAUAGGCCAGGUUCUUGCUGAGGCCAUAGAACCGCCACAGGUAGCAGUUAUUGAUGCUGCCAUCACAGAUCUGACGCAACUGGGGGCGCUUACGGAGCAGGAGGAUCUGACCCCUUUGGGAGUUCUAUUAUCGCGACUUCCAGUUGAUCCUGCAAUUGGAAAGAUGGUUAUUCUUGGCAUCAUAUUCCGCUGUUAUGAGCCUAUGCUUAUACUAGCGUCCGCCAAUGGAACCAAAUUCACAAACGCUCGUCUUAAAUAUGACACCACCCGCAAGAACACACACUUCCAAGAUUACUCGGGAAGUGAUGCUGUAGCGUUGGUCGACGCAUUUCAGUUCGCCAGCGCAAUGGAACACCGAGAGGAUUUUGCUCAGUUGAUGCGAGCCGCAUUCUUGGAUAUUUCUGAAUUUCGCUCAAUUCAAUCAAAAAUGGCAGCCAUGAAAUCGGUGCUUGUGAGAGAAUUCAAGAUCAUAUUAUCACAUCAGAAGCAGGAACAUCCUGUGGGUGCACCCCCUGUGGACAUACAGGUAUUUUUCGAGAAGCACAAUGAGAAUUCGACAAAUUUGGCACUGAUCAAAGCGUUGUCGCUGGCAACGUACCCGGACCAUUUGGCAUUUCGAAAGGGAGGCAACAAGUUUUCUACUUCGCUGGGUGACGCUUGUAUGGGCUAUUGGACCAUCAAUAAUCCUUGCAUGCUUGAGAGAAUGGAACGACUCAAGCAACAAGCGACGGAUACUUUGCUUUACUCUUACAGUGCGUCUUCGAUGAGCACCAUGAGAACAUUUGUUCUUGAGAAUACAACCAGAUUGUCUCCAUUUGCAGUAGCACUCUUCAGCCGCGACGCUCAGAUCACUGAACGCAAAGGACGCAAGACACUAAUGAUUAACAAAUGGUUGACUUUCGAUGUGACUGUUGAUGGGAAGCAAUCUGCCGAGAGCACCUCAUUCGCACUCGAGAAGUUGAUGAAUUUUCGGCGAACUAUUGAUGUCAUGCUUACCAAUGCCUUUGCUAGUCUUUCUAGUGGGGGAUCUCGUCAUUCAUUCUUGGAUCCUGAUCCUCGUGUGAGCAAGCUUGUUGCUGUUACGGCUGCACUUUUGGAGCAGAAUUUGGAGGUUCCUCAACUCGCUCAUCUGAAUCUGGCAGGGUUUGAUUGGAAUCUUGGGCAAGAUGAGCCUGUGGGCAAGAACUGGUGGGUUGGGGUUGGGGCUACGUCUCCAGAUAAAAGUUCUGGUGGUGUUAAGGUAUGA